AUGGACGCCAAGCAAACAGCUAUCAAGAUCAAUUACAAGGGCGAUGUGCACAGUCUACACGUAGACCUCACGUCGUUCUUGCUCAAGGCCCUGAAGGCGCUCUUUCCCGAGACGUAA